GCACGACGCACACCGCACGCCGCACGCCGGCUGCACCGGCACAUAAGAGCAAGUGAACUGCUUUGCCUCUAAAUUACUCGAUUGCAGCAUGGGCGAGGUAAAACGGUUCUCCCGCGCUGAAGUGGCGCAGCACAAGGGGCGCGCCGGCGGACGUCUCUGGCUCAUCUACAAGGACUCCGUCUACGACCUCACCGACUACCUAGCCGAGCAUCCUGCGGGUGACGCCGUGAUUCUCGAAGAGGGGGGCGGAGACGCCAGUAAGGCCUUCGACGAGGUCGGUCACAGCGGCGACGCGCGCGACAUCAUGGCCAAGUACAAAAUUGGGGAAGUCAACGAGGAUGAAAAAUAUUACGACGAAAAGGGUAAAAAGAAAAAGCGCGUGGUGCAGGUGCAGCCGGAGGAGGGCGGCAGCGGCGAGUCCCGCGGCCUCCUCGGCAUCUGCUGCUGCGGCUUGCUGCGGUAGCGCCCGUACCGGACUGUACAACACUCGCGG